AUGAGCGCCGACCGCGGAUUCACGGCGGAGACCCAGGCGACGUUCGGCAGCAGUGCCGGCCCCCCGACGUCGACGGGCAGCGCCAACGUGCUCGACGCGUCGCAGCUCCGGAGCCGGCUCUACUGCGGGCCCGGCUCGACGCGGGACCGCGGCGGCGGCCUCCAGCCCCUGGCCAUGUUCUCGGCGUCGGGCCGCCAGGCCGCGCGGCGCCUCGAGCCGAAGAUGCGCGCCCUCAAGGGCUCGAAGUCGACGCCGGGCCUCUUCGCGCGGUCCCUCGACGGGAGCGACGCGGCGUCGAGUGCGCUCGGCGCGGACCGCGCGGCGGCGACGAUGACGGGGCGCCACAUCCUGACGAAGCCCCACAAGAUGCGGGCGAAGCUCGCGGCGCCGCCCGAGGCCGUCGUCGCCUUCGCCGCGGCGGCGACGGCCGCGCCCGAGGCCGCGGCGAUCGCGCCGCCCCGCGCGGACGAGACGGCGCUGGUCGUCGCGGAGCCGAAGAAGCGGAGCUUUUUGGAAUCCUUAAACCUGACGCCCCAGCAGAUGGCGUCCUUCAUCGACGACGCGGGCAAUUUCCUCUACCUGACGCACUCGCGCGACACGCUCCACGCGGGGUCGGCCUACGAUCUGGUCGUCGUCGAGCACGCGCUCGUCGACAGCGGCGACUACUUCACGCUGUCCUGCAGCGGCAUGACCCACUUCACGGGCGUCAACUCGGACUUCACGCCGCUGCACCAGUGGGAGCGCGAGUACGGCCUCUUCCACGAGAUGCGGCGCAUCCCGUUCUUCGCGAAAUACCGCGCCUGGAAGACGUUCUCCGUGUGGAAGAAGAACGUGAAGCGGAACAAGGUGCGGGCGGCGAUCUUAGCAUUGAAGGGGUCGCUCUUCCUCUUCAUCCCGUCGCUCCGCGACGCGCUGCUCGAGAUCCAGGCGCUCUGCCAGGAGACGCUGGCGCUGUCGCUGCUCGAGGCGGAGCCGGGGAAGACGUACGAGCUCGACGAGUUCGCCGCGGCCCAGGCCCACCUCCAGGACCGGCGCGCCGAGGCGCUCGUGCGCUUCUCCGGCGACGUCCAGUCCCUCGCUAGGACGGCCUGCGACGAGGUCGUCGACAGCUUUUUAAGGGCCGCGAAGAUCGUCGCGGACCAUCGCAUGACGUUCAUGGAGCGCGCGUCCCUGCGGAGCGAGUGCCGCAAGCUCACGCGCUUUUUGCGGUUGGUGGACUUCCACGUCGUCAACGCGUUGCGGGAGCUGGCGCUGGAGAGCGCGCGGAACGCGCUCGCGCUCGCGGCGCCGGAAAUCGUGCCGACGCACGUCAUCCACCGCGACGAGCCGCCGGAGGCCAAGGGCGACGACGACGUCGGGCUCGGCGGCGGCGAGACCUACGGCGGCGACGGCGAGGAGGACGAGAGCGCCCACGCGCCGCUGCUGCGCGUCGAGGUGUCGUUCACCAAGGGGUCGCUCGUGCUGUCGCCGUCGAUGCGCGACGUGCAGAAGGCCUUCGCGGACAUGCUCCAGGCUUGUUUGAAGGUCGUGGGCAUCCCGGAUAGGAUAUUUGCGCACCCGGAUCUGGCGCUGUACAUCAUGUCGGACACGGACGACGCGCCGGGCGACGUCGCGCGCGAGGAGACGUCCGUCCAGGAUUUGGUCGCGUCCGAGGAGAAGUGGAAGCGGGCGUCGUCGGCCAUCGGCACGGCCCUGGAGGCGGCCUACGACGCCGCGACGGACUACGCGACGUGCGUCGAGCCCUACUGCGGCAAGGCGCAGGAGAACGGCGACUUUUUGGAGGUGCACAAGGACGCGCUCGGGAAGGACGUGAACCUGGAGAAGUACGCGCACGCGAUCACGGACUACCGGGCCCAGGCCGCGGACUUUGCGACGAUUCCCCGCUCCGCGGACGUGGGCAUCUUACGGGUCGACUCGCUCGCGCUGAAGCGGCUCCUCGUGCCGUCGCCGACGCGGUGCCUCGACGCGUUGCAGGCCUACCUGCCGGAGCUCAUGGACAUCGGGUUCAAGCAGCUCCUGGACCAGCUCGGCUCCAUCCUGCCCGUGGUCACGGGCGCGCCGGCGAACGUCGCGGUCUUCGUGACCAAGAAGCGCGUCGUCAAGGAGGCGCAGGAGAACUACGAGGGCUACAAGGAGGCGCAGCAGAAGCUCAUCGCCAUGGCCGAGCUCAUGGAGUCCGAGGACUGGCCCGUGCCCGAGGACCAGAAGGCGCAUCUGGUCAUGGCCGACGAGAACAUGACGACGCUGGACACGGGCGUGCAGAUCGCCGAGGGCCGCGAGGAGGAGGACACGAAGCGCUUCGCGACGGAGGUCGCCGAGGAGGUGCCGCGGCUCAAGAAGCGCAUCGCCGAGGUGCGCGAGCAGCUCGACCAGCGCAUCGUCGCGUCCCUCGACGAGCGGCCCGAGAACGUGCUCGCGUUCCUCGAGAUCCAGUCCGACGCGCUCGACGAGCUCAAGAGCCGGUCCGAGACGCUCUGCGACUACCAGGGCGAGCUCGGCCAGGACAUCGACGAGUACGACACGCUCGACGAGGUCGCCGCGGACCUCAACCUGAAGCUGCGGUUGUGGCGCGGCGUCAAGGAGUGGAGCGGCCUCACGGCCGAGUGGGUCGUCACGCCCCUGUCGGAGAUCGACGCCGUCGAGCUCGAGAAGCACGUCCAGGCCUACAACAAGACCGUCUUCCAGGCCUCGAAAGGCCUGCCGGGCAACCCCGUCGUGCCCAAGCUCAAGGCGUCCGUCGAGACGUUCACGCCGGUCCUACCCGUCGUCGUCAACUUGAGGAACGACGCGCUCCAGGAGCGCCACUGGGCCAUGAUCCACGACCUCGUGGGCUUCGAGAUCCAGGGCGACGCCGCCUUCACGCUCGGCGACAUCAUCAACAAGGGCGUCACGGCGCACCACGCGGAGAUCACGGCCAUCGCGACGAACGCGACGCAGGAGUCCGUGUUGGAGGAGAUGAUGGCGAAAGUCACGAAGCAGUGGGAGUCGACGGAAUUGAUCGUCAUGGACUACAAGGACGUGAAAGAUUUGUACAUCCUCGGCGACGUCUCGGAGAACAUCGCGGCGCUCGACGAGUCGCUCGUGACGGUGAACACGGUGCUCGGCAGCCGCUACGUCGGCGGCAUCCGCGCGUUCGUCGAGCGGUGGCGCCGGGACCUCAUUUUGUUCCAGGACACGCUCGACGAGUGGCUCGCCUGCCAGCGCGCCUGGAUGUACUUGGAGACCAUCUUCUCGUCGCCGGACAUCAUCCGCCAGCUGCCCGCGGCCGCGAAGCAGUUCCAGGCCGUCGACAAGAGCUGGCGGUCCAUCAUGAAGUCGACGGCCGACGACCCCAUCGCCAUCAAGGCCUGCUGCGUCAAGGACCGCAAGGAGACCUUCAUUUCCCAUAAUGCGACGCUCGACAAGAUCCAGAAGUCGCUCGAGGACGACCUCGAGAAGCUCCAGCGCAAGAAGAUCGUGGCUCUGGUGACGACGGACCUCCACGCGCGGGACAUCGUCGAGGAGCUCCGCGACAAGGGCGUUCGAGAUGUGGGCGACUUCACGUGGAUGCAGCAGCUCCGAUACUACUGGGAGCACGUCGUCGACACGGAGGACUGCCUCAUCCGCCACAGCGACGCGGUGAUCAACUACGGCUACGAGUACAUGGGCGCGACGAGCCGCCUCGUGAUCACGCCGCUCACGGACCGCUGCUGGCUCACGCUCACGGGCUCCUACGGCCUGAAGCUGGGCGCCGCGCCCGCGGGGCCCGCGGGCACGGGCAAGACGGAGUCGUCGAAGGACCUCGCCAAGGCCAUGGCCAUCCAGUGCGUCGUCUUCAACUGCUCGGACCAGAUCGACUACAAGAUGAUGGGCAAGCUCUUCCGGGGGUUGGCCCAGUCCGGGUCCUGGACCUGUUUGGACGAGUUCAACCGCAUCGACAUCGAAGUGUUAUCCGUCAUCGCGCAGCAGCUCCUCGUGCUCCGCGAGGGCCGCAUCGCGGGCAAGAGCUCCAUCAACUUCAUGGGCGUGGAGAUCAAAUUGCUGGACCACCACGUCAUCAUCACGAUGAACCCGGGCUACGCGGGCCGCACGGAGCUGCCGGACAAUCUGCAGGUCUGCUUCCGGCCCGUGUCGAUGAUGGUCCCGAACUACGCGUUGAUCGCGGAGAUCAUGCUCUUCGCCGAGGGCUUCGGGGACGCGAAGACGCUGUCGCGGAAGAUGUGCAAGCUCUACAUUCUGUGCAGCGAGCAGCUGAGCCAGCAGCCCCACUACGACUACGGCCUCCGCGCCGUCAAGUCCGUCCUGGUGAUGGCCGGCGGCCUGAAGCGCGACAACCCGGACAUCAGCGAGGACCUCGUGCUCAUCCGCGCUUUGAGAGAUUCGAAUCUGCCGAAGUUCCUCGCGGACGACAUCCCCCUCUUCUUCGCGAUCAUCGCGGACCUGUUCCCCGGCGUCGUCGUGCCGGACAACGACUACGGCGAGUUCCAGGUCACGCUCGAGGACGAGAUCACCAAGGCGGGCCUCCAGAACAUCCCGGGCUUCCACAAGAAGGUCAUCCAGAUGUUCGACAUCUUCAACAUCCGCUUCGGCGCGACGAUCGUCGGCCCGACGGGUGCGGGCAAGUCGACGUGCUACCGCAUCCUCGCGGCGACCAUGGGCAGCCUCUUCCGCGCGGGGUCGUCGAACACGCAGUACCAGGAGGUGCGCUUCGAGAUUCUGAACCCCAAGUGCAUCACCAUGGGCGAGCUCUACGGCGAGGUCAACAUGGUCACGCAGGAGUGGCGCGACGGCCUCGCGUCGACGAUCAUGCGCCGCGCGGUCGGCGAGGAGAGCGCCGUGCGCAAGUGGACGGUCUUCGACGGGCCCAUCGACGCGCUGUGGAUCGAGAACAUGAACACGGUGCUCGACGACAACAUGACGCUGUGCCUCGCGAACGGCGAGCGCAUCAAGCUGAAGAUCGAGAUGAAGAUGCUCUUCGAAGUCAUGGACCUCGCCGUGGCGUCCCCGGCGACGGUGUCGCGCAUCGGCGUCGUCUUCAUGACGCCGUCGGACCUGGGCUGGUUCCCCUACGUGCAGUCGUGGGCCGCGGACCUGCCGGAUCAGGUGCCCGACCACGCGCGCGCGCACCUCCUCAAGCUCUACGACGCCUACUUCCAGAAGGCGCUCACCUUCCAGCGCAAGAAGUGCAAGGAGCCCGUGGGCUGCGUCGACAUCCAGCUCGCGACGUCCUGCGCGGUCAUCUUCCAGAGCCUCUUCUGCGGCUCCGAGUCCAAGGUCGACUUCGAGUCCUACGCGAAGACGCCGGAAUUGUUAUUACGGCUCGUGGAGAAGCUCUGGUUCUUCUCCUUCGUCUGGUCCGUCGGCGGCUCCAUCGCGUCCGAGGGCCACGACGGCUUCGACUACUUCGCGCGCGACAUGCUCGACCAGGGCGGCGUGAAUUUAGAUUUGCCGGGCGCGGGCCUGUCCUACGACUACUUCGUCCAGGUCGCGGACCAGCCGGGGGGCAAGUUCCUGCCCUGGAAGCAGGUCGUGCCGUCCUUCAAGUUCCAGCGGGACCUGCCCUACACGGCGAUCGUCGUGCCCACGGAGGACAGCACGCGGUUCUCCUUCCUCAUGCGCACGCUCGUGACGGCGAUGAAGCCCGUCUUCAUGACGGGCGUCACGGGCACGGGCAAGACCGUCAUGGUCCAGAGCCUGCUGCGGUCCCUGGAGCCGCUCCAGGACGAGGGCGGUUUAGGAGUGGUCCCGACGUUCCUCAACUUUUCCGCGCAGACGUCGUCGCUCGUGACGCAGUCGGCCAUCGAGUCGAAGCUCGAGAAGAAGCGCAAGAAUUUGUUGGGCGCGCCGGCGGGGAAGACGUGCAUCAUCUUCGUCGACGACAUCAACAUGCCGCUCGUGGAGUCGUACGGCGCGCAGCCGCCGGUGGAGCUGCUGCGCCAGUUCCUGGACUUCAAGGGGUUCUACGACCGCGAGAAGCUCUUCUGGAAGGACAUCACGGACACGAUGCUCUUCACGGGCGCCGCGCCGCCGGGCGGCGGCCGCGCGGAGGUGACGCCGCGGUUCACGCGCCACUUCAACGUGCUCUGCGUGCCGCCCGCGUCCGACGCGGCCAAGACCGUCAUCUUCGAGUCGAUCUUUGGGGGUUUCAUGACGACCUUUGAAAAAGAUCUACAAAAAAUGGUCAAGGGCGUCGUCUCGGCGACCAUCGAGGUCUACAACAGCAUCUCCGUGGAGCUGCUGCCGACGCCGGCGAAGUUCCACUACUCGUUCAACCUGCGAGACAUCUCCAAGGUCUUCCAGGGUUUGUUGAUGGUGGCGCCCUCGAAGGUCAAGGACGGGGAGACGUUGUCGAAGCUCUGGCUCCACGAGUCGCAGCGCGUCUUCUACGAUCGUUUGAUCAACGUCGCGGACCAGGAGUGGUUCGAGAAGCUGGCGUGCGAGCUGCAGACGCGGCACCUGGGCCAGAUGCCGCAGACGCCGGAGCAGGUCUUCGGGGAGAACUCGGUGAUCUUCGCGGACUUCCUGAAGCCGGGCGUCGAGCUCGCGACGCGGCGCUACGAGCUCGGCAACCUCGAGCUCAUCACGCGGCUUUUAGGCGACACGCUCGACGAGUACAACAUCACGUUCCCGACGCAGAUGAACUUGGUGUUCUUCAGCGACGCCGUGCGCCACGUCUGCCGCAUGUCUCGUAUUUUGCGCCAGCCCCGGGGCAACGCCAUGCUCGUGGGCGUCGGCGGCAGCGGCAAGCAGUCGACGACGCGCAUGGCGGCGUUCGUCGCGGAGAUGCCGUGCCUCCAGAUCGAGAUCUCCCGGGGCUACGGCCUCAAGGACUUCCGCGAGGACGUGAAGAAGUUCAUGAUCACGACGGGCGUCGAGGGCACGUCCAUCGUCUUCCUCUUCACGGACACGCAGGUCGUCGAGGAGUCCAUGCUCGAGGACAUCAACUCGAUCCUCAACUCGGGCGAGAUCCCGAACCUCUUCCCCCAGGACGAGCUCGACAAGAUCUGCUCCGACAUGAUCCCCGUCUGCGACGCGCUGGGCGUGCCGGCUUCCCGGGACAACUGCAUCGCGACGUUCAUCACGCGCGUCUGGGACAAGCUCCACAUCGUGCUCUGCAUGUCGCCCGUCGGCGACGCGCUCCGCGUGCGGUGCCGCCAGUUCCCGUCGCUCAUCAACUGCACGACCAUCGACUGGUUUCUGGGGUGGCCCGAGACGGCCCUCGUGGCCGUCGCGGAGCACUUUCUGGCGUCCGUGAAGCUCGGCAGCGGCUCCGACGAGCUGGAGCUGGAGCACCGGUCGGCGAUCGUCCGCAUCUGCGUGCUCGUGCACACGUCGAUCACGGAGGCCGGCGACCGCUUCUUCAACGAGCUGCGGCGGCGCACCUACACGACGCCCAAGUCCUACCUGGACCUCAUCUCCAUGUACGCGUCGAAGCUCGGCGAGCUCCAGAGCAUCGUCGACGUGAAGAUCGAGCAGAUGACCGUGGGCACGGAGAAGCUCCGCGACACGAACGCGAUCGUCGACGGCCUCCGCGGCGAGCUCAAGGAGCUGGCCCCGGUCCUGGAGAAGAAGGCCGUCGACGCCGAGGCCAUGCUCAAGCAGGUGGCCAUCGACCAGGCCGAGGCCGACGUCGUCCGCGAGAAGGUCGCCGCGGAGGAGGCGGAGCUCUCGAAGCAGAGCGAGGCCGUGUCGAAGAUCGCGGCCGAGGCCCAGGCCGAGCUCGACGUCGCCAUGCCCGCGCUCCAGGCCGCCGUCAAGGCCCUCGAUUCCCUCACGAAGAACGACAUCGUCGAGGUCAAGGCCUUCAAGAGCCCGCCGCUCGCCGUGAAGGUCACGAUGGAGGGCAUCUGCAUCAUGCUCGAGCGCAAGCCCGACUGGGACGAGGCGAAGAAGGUGCUCGGCGACUCGCAAUUUUUGGACAAGUUGAAGACCUACGACAAGGACAACAUGAAGGAGGCCGUCAUCAAGAAGAUCCAGAAGUACAUCGUCGAGCCGAACAUGCAGAUCGAGGUCGUCACGAAGGUCAGCUCCGCGGCCAAGGGCCUGUGCAUGUGGAUCCACGCCAUGAACGUCUACCACAAGGUCGCCAAGGAGGUCGGCCCGAAGCGCGAGAAGGUGCAGAAGCUCACGGACCAGCUCAACGCGGCGAACGCGUCGCUCAAGGAGAAGCAGGACGCGCUCCAGGCCGUCAUGGACAAGGUCCAGGCCCUCCAGGAGCAGUGCGACGCCACGGUCGCCGAGAAGACGAAGCUCAUGGAGGCCCAGGCCCAGACGGCCCUCCGCCUCCAGAACGCGGAGAAGCUCACGAGCGGCCUGAGCUCCGAGGGCGUCCGCUGGAAGGAGAACCUCGUGAACUUCAACGCGCAGCGCGUCGAGCUCAUCGGCGACACGCUGCUCUCCUGCGCGGCCAUUUCAUAUUAUGGCCCCUUCACGGGCGUCUACCGCGAGGCGCUCGUGGAGUCGUGGCUCGGCACGUCGACGGACCUCGGCCUGCCCUGCUCGAAGACGCCGAGUUUGCUCAACACCGUCGGCGACCCCGUGAAGGUCCGCGAGUGGCAAACCCAACUAUUACCGACGGACGAGGUGUCGACGAACAACGCGAUCCUGGUGACGGAGGGCAAACGGUGGCCGCUGAUGAUCGACCCCCAGGCCCAGGCGAACAAGUGGAUCCGGAAGAUGAUGGAGCGGAGCGACCUGCUGACGACGACGAUGACGGACAUUAAUCUUUUGCGCGUUUUAGAAAACGCGAUCCGCAACGGCAAGCCGCUCCUCAUCGAGGACGUCCACGAGCAGAUCGAGCCCGCCCUCGAGCCCGUGCUCGCCAAGGCGACCUUCAACCAGGGGAACCGGAUCCUGAUUCGUUUAGGAGACAGCAACGUCGACUACGACCCGGCGUUCAAGCUGUUCAUGACGUCGAAGCUGCCGAACCCGCACUACCUGCCCGAGGUCUGCAUCAAGACGACGAUCAUCAAUUUUACGGUGACCAUGGAGGGCCUCGAGGACCAGCUCCUCGGCGACGUCGUCAAAGCGGAAAGGCCCGAGGUCGAGCGGAAGAACGUGCAGCUCCUGCUGCAGAUGUCCGCGGACAAGAAGAAGCUCGCGGAGAUCGAGGCGGAGAUCCUGCGGCGGCUCAGCGAGGCCAAGGGCAACAUUUUAGACGACGAGGAGCUCAUCAACACGCUCGCGGACUCGAAGAAGUUCUCGACGAUGAUCAACGAGCGUUUGGAGGCCGCGGAGGUCACGAAGCAGGAGAUCAACGAGGCGCGCGAGGCCUACCGGACCGUCGCGACGCGCGGGUCCAUCAUCUACUUCGUCAUCAGCGACCUGGGCACCAUCGACCCCAUGUACCAGUACAGCCUCCAGUACUACCAGGUCAUCUUCAACAAGUGUCUCCAGGACGCGGAGGCCUCCAAGGACCAGGAGAAGCGCCUGGGCAUCCUCAUCGAGUACUCGACGGUCGUCAUCUACGACAACAUCUGCCGGGGCCUCUUCGAGAAGGACAAGGUUCUGUAUUCCGCGCUCCUCGCGUUCUCGAUUUUGCGCCACGCGUCGAAGAUCCCGGGCGACGAGUGGAAUUUGUUCAUCCGCGGCCCGGGCGUGCCCGACCGCGCGUCUCAGCCCAAGAACCCGAACCCGAAGGCGCUCCCGGAGGCGACGUGGGAUUUGGUCUGCGGCAUGGAGUUCCUGCUCGCGCGCGACGCGGGCUUGGACGAGAACGGCGACGAGGUCCCGGCGAAGGCGUCGCCCUACGCGGGGCUCACGGCGUCGCUUUCCAAAAAUUGGGACGCCUGGGAGGCGUGGCUCGGCGCCGUGGACCCGUCGGCCGCGCCGCUGCCCGACCCCUUCGAGGCGAGCGUGACCAAGUUCUCGAAGCUCAUCAUCGUCAAGGCGCUCCGCGACGAGUUCACGCUCCAGGCCGUGAACAACUUCGUGCGCUACGCCUUCGGCGACGACCUCGCGGACGCGCCGAGCGGGAAGAUGGACGAGAUCUACGACGACCUCGACAACGCGACGCCCUGCAUCUUCAUCCUGUCCAAGGGCACGGACCCGACGGGCAUGCUCUUCAAGCUCGCCAAGCAGAAGAACUACAGCGACCGCCUCCAGCUCGUGUCCCUCGGCCAGGGCCAGGGCCCCGCGGCGGCGGCGCUCGUGGACCGCGGCACGCGGAGCGGCGACUGGGUGCUGCUGCAGAACUGCAUGCUCGCGAAGUCGUGGAUGCACGAUUUAGAAUUAAUGGUCUUCGAGCUCGGCGAGCACCGCGAGAAGAACCACCCGGACUUUCGGCUCUUCCUCACGUCGAGCCCCGCGCCCUACUUCCCCGUGUCCGUGCUCCAGAACGGCGUCAAGAUGACGAACGAGCCCCCGAAGGGCAUCCGCGCGAACCUCAUCCGGUCCUACCAGAACCUCGUGAAGCCCGACGAGUGGGAGACGUGCAAGAAGAGCGACGCCUACAAGCGCCUGCUUUCCGGAUUGUGCUUCUUCCACGCGAACGUCCUGGAGCGGCGCAAGUUCGGCCCGCUCGGCUGGAACAUCCGGUACGCGUUCGACGAGUCGGACCUCGAGACGUCCAUGGCCAUCAUGCGGCGGUUUCUCGACGAGCAGGAGGUCAUCCCCUGGGACGCGCUGCGCUUCGUCACGGGCCACAUCAACUACGGCGGCCGCGUGACCGACGACUGGGACCGGCGCGCGCUGUUGUGCAUCCUCGGCAUCUACUUCAACGAGCGCGUCAUGGAGCCAAAGGACGGCGGCUACGUCGACUACGCCUUCUCCGCGUCGGGCAUCUACAAGCCGGCGACGACGGGGCCUUUGGAGGAGCACCAGGCCUACUUCGACACGCUGCCGGCCGUGGACCAGCCCGAGAUCUUCGGCAUGCACGAGAACGCAAACAUCACGUUCAACCGCGCGGAGUCGAGCGCGCUCAUGGGCACGAUUUUGGCGCUCCAGCCCCGCGAGAGCAGCGGCGGCGGCGGCAAGUCGAGCGACGACAUCAUCAUCGACCAGAUCGACGACAUCGAGGGCAAGAUGCCCGAGAAUUUGGACGAGGAGGACAAGGGGCCGACGACCUUCGUGCUCCAGCCCAACGGCCUGCUCACGUCGCUCGACACGGUGUUGUUGCAGGAGAUGGUCAAGUUCAACCGCCUCAUGAACCGCAUGCGGUCGUCGCUCCGCGAGCUCCGGCGCGCGAUCGGCGGCUUCGUCAUCAUGUCGUCGGACCUCGACGACAUGUACACGGCCUUCCUCAACAACCAGCUGCCGCCCAUCUGGCGCAAGGUCUCCUUCGAGACGCUCAAGACUUUGGGCUCCUGGGUCAAGGACAACCUCUUCCGCAUCGACUUCAUGCGGUCCUGGCUUUUGGGGGGCCUGCCGACGUCCUUCGCGCUCCCCGUCUUCUUCUUCCCCCAGGGCUUCAUGACGGGCACGCUCCAGACCUACGCGCGCAAGCACAUGGUCGCCAUCGACACGCUCGAGUACGAGUACGAGGUGCUCAAGCUCGACGGCGACCCCGAGGCCGCGCCGGAGGACGGCGUCAUCUGCUCGGGGCUCAACCUCGAGGGCGCGCGCUGGUGCUUCGACACGCACAUGGUCGUCGAGAGCCGCAUCGGCGAGAUGUACACCAUGCUCCCCAUGAUCCACUUCAAGCCCGCGGUCGGCCACACGAUCCCGGACGGCUUCUACGCGUGCCCCGUCUACAAGACGGCGGAGCGGAAGGGCGUGCUCUCGACCACGGGCAUGUCCACGAACUUCGUCGUCGCCGUCGAGCUCCCCUCCUCCGUCGCGCCCGAGCGCUGGGCCAAACACCGGCCACUCGAGAUGGCGGCGCCUUCGUUGUCGGCCCUCGUCGCCGUCGGCGCCCGCGCCCGCGACGCGGCGUCCAACGGCGAUGCGAAAAACGGCACGCCCAUCGCCGACGACGACGUCGAGCGGUACCAGAUCCAGCCGUCGACGCGCCCCGCGGGGCCCGCCGCGGCCGAUGCGCCGGCGCCGCGGCCGACGCGCGGCGGCACGGGCUGCCUGCUCAUGGCGCCGCCGCCGCCGCGGCCGCGGCCGCCGAAGAAGGCCGUGCUCGAGGAGGAGGCCUACGUCGACGAGAUGCGGCGCAUCAUCGACCGCGACUACUUCCCCGGCUUAGCCGAGGGCGACGCGCUGCCGAUGACGCUCGACGCGUUCGCCGCGCGGCACACGUCCGAGGACAACGCGAGCUUCGAGGAGGCCCAGGAGCGGAGCCGGCUGGACCACAUCCGGAAAUACUGGUGGGCCUACGACGAGCGGUCGCUCUUAGAGGCGGGCGUCGAGGUGCCCGAUCCGACGGACCCGGGCCGGCACCUCCUGAGCGACGGCACGCGCCUCUCGGAGGCGCGGCGCCUCCUGGCGGACGCGGCGGCGGCGGCCGCGCCGAAGCGCGGCGACGAGCGGCGGAACGGCCUCGACUUCGCGCCGCACGAGGCGCGGCCCGCGCUCCUGUUCCCGCCGAGGUACGACGCGCCGCGCGAGACGGCGCUCGCGCUGGCCCGGGGCGCCGACAUCCGCGGCGGCAUCCAGCGCGCGAACACGCGCUUCGCGCCGCCGGCGCCGGCGCGGCCGCGGUCGCGGUCCGCGUCGUCGUCGGAAACGGGCGCGUGGCCGGACCUCGGCGACGUCGCCUCCGACAGCGACGGCGACUCGUCGGCCUACCCGAGCGCCUACGACGGCGGCCACGACCGGCUCGUGCCCAUGACGCCGCGCAUCCACCCGGGCGGGGAGCCGGGCGGCGCGUCGCCCCUCGUGACCUGGGGGACGAUGGCCGCGACCCCGCUGCCGCUCGACGACGGCGGCCUCCUGAGCCAGCCGGCGAACCGCCGCGAGGCCCUCGGCCGGUCUUUGGACGCGCGCGCGAAGCGCCGCCAGGUCCCGCCGCCGUCGCCGCUGCGCGCCGCGCUCGACGCGUCGAAGCGGCGGCGGACCGGGUAUUCCAGUGUCAUCGGCGACGACUACACGACCAAGUUCCUGCUCAAGGCCAAGGUCGCGCCGAAGGCGAUCCCGCUGUCGUUCACGAUCGAGAACGAGGUCAAGGACAGCGUCGACGGCAAGCUCACGGCCAAGUACGUCGAGCCGACGACGGGCGUCAGCUUCGACAAGCUCACGCUCAAGGGCAAGACCUACGGCGUCGAGGCGUCGAAGACCGUGUCGGGCAUCAAGUUCAAGGGCAAGGUCAACCCGGCGGACGCGUCGUCCGCGGCGCUCACGGCGGAGCUCAAGAGCGACAAGAACACGGUCAUCGCGUCCGUGGACAAGAAGAAGCUCGCGGGCUCCGGCACCGUCGCGCCCUUCAAGGUCGGCGUCUUCGGCGGAGGCUUCGAGUACCCCGUCUCCGGCGGCGCGCUGUCCUUCUCCCUCGGCGGCUCGGCGACGGUGUCCGGCGUCUUCGCGUCCUGCGUCUACACGCCGAAGAAGGUCUUCAACUUUGGCAUGAUGUUCUCGCCCAUGCCCAAGCUCACGGUCGCGGCGACGGGCGACUCGACGGGCGCCGACAGCGCGACGGUGGGCCUCAAGCACAGCGGCCUCGGCGCCUUCACCCUCGGCCUCAAGACGUCGGCCAAGGCCCUGAGCGCCGUGAUCGUCAAGAAGGUCGGCAAGGACGCGACGGCCGUCUUCGGCGCGACGGCCAAGUACGCCGACAUGAAGCCCGCCUUCGGCUUCCAGCUCACGAUCGGCUAG